UUUUACAAAAGUCAGUUUUGACGGGUCUGGUUAUGACCAUGUUAUAAGUUUUUGUGAAAAAGUAAAAAGUAAAAAGUUAUUAUAUUGUUUAAAAUUUAAAGUUGAUAAAUUCAUUCAAAAUUUUAAAUGGUUUUGCUGCGAAGAACGCUAUACAUAAUAUACAUAAAUAGUAAAUAAAACAGCACAUCCUUGACUAUUGAUUUAACUUUUGUAUUCUGCCAAAUGUCUCUUUUGGAUGGUGGUUAUAUUGAUUGUAGGCGUCAGACUGGUGGGCAGAAAAUCAUAUUCGAUAGUGUUUACAGCAAACGCAAUGUUCAUCAUAUAUGGGAAGGAUGGAGUUUUGUUGUACUUGGAGUGUUAAUAUUAUUGGGAUAUACCUGUCGAUAUAACUUACAUGAGAACUUACCAAAAGCUCUUGGAAAUUCGGAUCUUCUUUACAAUCCACAUUCAUUUAUUGCUGAGAGAGCAUGGAAAGAUUUAAAAAUUUUAACAAACUUUGGGCCCCGUGUGGUUGGUAGUUAUAGCAAUGAAGUGUUGGCCGUAGAUUUUCUGAAACGAGAAAUAUCUUACAUCAAGCAAUUAGCACACAAAAAUCAACGCAUUGAAUUAGAUGUACAGGUCGUUAGUGGUACAUAUUGGACUGGUUUUAAACCAUAUGGAAUGACGACCAUGUAUCGUAAUAUUCAGAAUGUUGUAGUAAAAUUGCAUGGAGAAUAUAAAUUGAACCAGGGACAUCAAAAUACUAAUUUUAAAGAUAAAGCAUUGUUACUAAAUUGCCAUUUUGAUACGGUACCAGGCAGUCCAGGAGCGAGCGAUGAUGCUGCAAAUUGUGUGGUAAUGUUGGAGAUACUAAGAGUUUUGUCACGCAGUGAAAAACGUUUGAAACAUUCAAUAAUAUUUUUAUUUAAUGGAGCAGAAGAGACUGGUCUUCAGGCAUCCCAUGGUUUUAUAACAAAGCACAAAUGGGCACCGGAAAUAAAAGCUUUUAUUAAUUUGGAAUCUGUGGGAUCUGGAGGAAAAGAACUUCUUUUUCAAAAUAAUCGGAAUAAUUCAUGGCUUAUGCAGAUGUAUGCUGAUUCAGUGCCGUAUCCAAGUGCGCAAGUGGCUGCAGAAGAAAUUUUUGAUUCUGGUCUUAUUCCUUCUGACACAGAUUACCGAAUUUUUUCAAAUUUCCGCGGUUUACCAGGACUAGAUUUUGCCCACAUCAUCAAUGGUCAACGCUAUCAUACAAAAUUUGAUUCAUUAGAUUAUUUGCCAAAUGGUAGCAUACAACACACAGGAUGCAAUAUAUUGGAGCUAACAAAAGCAAUAGCAGAUUCAGAUGAGUUUGGCAUUGUACAACCUGCUUUUGACGGAUCCUCUGUUUAUUAUGAUAUAUUUGGGAUUUACUUCGUCACAUAUUCGGUAGAUUUUGCAACUGUUUUCAAUUACAUUAUUGUAAUUUGUUCAGUUUUACUGCCGUAUAUCGUACUGUCCAGAGCUACCAAAGGAAUAAAUAAAAAACAUUUAAGAUACGAAAUAUUUUUGGGCUUUCUAAUUAAAACGAUCAGCUUAGUAACAUCAUGUGCCUGUUGCUAUGCUAUUGCAUAUGAUCUAGAUGUGAUGGGAAAACCAAUGACAUGGUAUUCAAAUACAUUUUUGUGUAUUCCAACUUAUUGUUUAGUUACAAUCUUUGUUCAGAGUAUAGCGCAUUUAAUUUUUAAUCGUAAUCAAAAGACUCCACUAAGUUUGGCAUUACAAACUCAAGCACGCUUGAUAGGUACCAGCUUUUUUUGGGGCAUACUUUCAGCUGCAUUAACUGGAGCUGGUAUACGAACUGCAUAUGCUCUAAUUGUCCCACUUCUUAUUACGUUAUUGGCUAACUUAAUAAUUGGAAUAUUGAAGUUUGAAAAUACAAUUCGACGGUGGUUGUAUAUUCAUUUAGCUGGACAAGUACUAGUAGCUUUAUGGACUUUAAACUUUUAUAAUAUGGUUGUGGAUGUUUUUAUUUCGACAGCAGGUCGAUCUGGUGGAAAGAAAAACCCAGACGUUAUGGUUGCCAUAAUUUGCAGUACAUUCACAUUUUUUACUACCAGUUAUUUAACUCCUUUAGUUAUUCUCUUUAAGAAAUGCAAAAACUUUCUUGUUAUACUUUUUGCCACAUAUAUUAUUACAAGAUUUUACUUCAUUUCUUUUACACACUAUGGUUUCCCAUAUAGAGAUGAUAAGAGUGGUGAUCCCAGAGUCCAACGACAUUAUAUAACGCAUUCCAUAAGGACAUUGUACGAUAAACAAGGAGACCUUCGUUAUACAGAUUCCGGAUUUUGGUUUCAAGAAAUGGAUCGAAAUGCGCGUAAAACUAUUGAAAGUUUAACAAUGCCCGAAGAACCAAUACCACAGGAUGAAAAUAUUCUUUGUAAGAGUGAAGUUUUUUGCGGACUUCCGUUGCUUUCAGCGCGUCAACUUUUGCCUGGCGGCUUUUGGGUACCAGGUCCAGCGCCGGUUGUUCGUGAAAUUGGCCAUUUUAAACUUGUUUUACAUGAAAAACUAACAACUGGUCGGCAUAGAAUGCAUUUUAUGAUAACUGGAAAUUAUUUGAUGUCUUUAAAUAUUCGCCCAAAGGAAUCAGUGACACUUGAAAGUUGGAAUUUAACACCACGAUUGCCACCUGAAACAGUUUUUAAUAAACAGAAAUGCUAUUUUGUUAUGAUUACACAUGGAUUAGAGCAUGAGACGAUUAAUAUAACAUUGACACUUAAGACUGCUGAUGAAGAUUUUAAGCGUUCACUUAUUGAUGUUACAUUAGUAACCGCACAUUUUGAGCACAAUAAGGAACAUACAUCAAUUUUUGCAAAUUUAUUGGGAAAACUACCAAGCUGGACAUAUGCAGUACCAUCAGUGGCUUCUCUUAAAUCAUGGACUUUUUAAUUACAAAUCGUAGUAGUUAUAAUUUAAGUGAAUUAAUUAAUAUUAUUUAUGUUUACGCAUUUAAAUAAUUACCAAUAUUGAUCAUAAGCUUAUAAACUUUUAAAAAUUUUUAAUGUA